AUUUUUAGGACAAGACAAGAUAAGUUGAGUCAUAUGUUAUCACUUGUCAAUUGUUAUUCUUUCUAAUUUCUUUGUUUUCUUUGUUCUCUUCAACUUAUAUAAAAUCUUAUAAUUAUUAAAACUUUAAGGAAGAGGGAACAUAUAGAAAGAGGGAGGUUUUUGUGUUAUAAUUAUUUUAUAAUUUUUCAAGAAUUUUCUUGAAGGGAAAUUAAUGGCCAAGAUUACUAAUUUAAUUGGAUAUGGAAUUGUAGCAGCCACCAAUCAGGUUGGUCCUCACAUAAAGCAUAUCUCUGCUGUUAGCAAUUUGCAGAAACAAAUCGUUAGUGAUCAAAUACAGGUCAGAUGGAGUAGCACUGAGACAUCUUUGAAGAAUGACAUUUCAGCAACUGAUGUUAGAGGAUAUAAGGGGCAUGAUAUGUUGGCACCCUUCACUGCAGGAUGGCAUACUACUGAUUUGGAACCUUUAGUCAUACAAAAAUCCGAGGGUUCUUAUGUCUAUGACGUUAACGGGAAGAAGUACCUCGAUGCUCUAGCUGGUUUGUGGUGCACAUCUUUAGGUGGAAGUGAGCCUCGUCUUGUUGCAGCCGCAACUAAACAACUCAACGAGUUGCCCUUUUACCAUUCAUUUUGGAAUCGUAGCACAAAACCUUCUUUGGAUCUCGCGAAGGAACUCCUAGAUCUGUUUACUGCAAAUAAAAUGGCGAAAGCUUUUUUCACAAACAGCGGAUCAGAAGCCAAUGACACACAGGUGAAACUGGUAUGGUAUUACAACAAUGCACUCGGGAGGCCAGAGAAAAAGAAAUUUAUUGCUCGAACAAAAUCAUACCACGGAUCAACUCUCAUUUCCGCCAGUCUCUCUGGCCUUCCUGCCUUGCAUCAACAAUUCGAUCUACCAGCUCCGUUUGUUCUGCACACUGACUGUCCUCAUUAUUGGCGCUUUCAUCAGCCAGGAGAGACGGAAGAGGAGUUCUCGACAAGAUUGGCGAAUAAUUUGGAAAAUCUCAUACUCAAAGAGGGACCUGAAACAAUAGCUGCUUUCAUUGCGGAACCAGUCAUGGGGGCAGGAGGUGUCAUACCUCCUCCCGCGACCUAUUUUGAAAAGGUCCAAGCUGUACUAAAGAAGUACGACAUUCUUGUCAUCGCGGAUGAGGUUAUAUGUGGAUUUGGAAGGCUCGGGACAAUGUUCGGAUGUGAUAAGUACAACAUUAAACCUGAUCUUGUCUCUGUAGCAAAGGCUCUUUCCUCCGGAUAUAUGCCAAUUGGGGCUGUCCUUGUAAGCCCUGAAGUUUCCGAUGUCAUAUAUUCUCAAAGCAACAAGCUCGGUACAUUUUCCCAUGGAUUUACUUACUCGGGGCAUCCUGUCUCGUGUGCAGUUGCCUUGGAAACACUGAAGAUCUACAAGGAAAGAAAUAUUGUUGAGCAAGUAAACAGAAUAUCACCAAAGUUCCAAGAAGGUCUGAAAGUGUUUUCUGAUAGUCCCAUAAUCGGGGAGAUAAGGGGAACUGGUUUGCUACAUGGUACAGAGUUUACAGAUAACAAAUCUCCUAAUGAUCCUUUCCCUCCUGAAUGGGGCAUCGGUGCAUAUUUUGGAGCACAGUGUGAGAAGCAUGGAGUGUUGGUACGCGUUGCUGGUGAUAACAUAAUGAUGUCUCCUCCCUACAUUCUUAGUCUGGAAGAAAUUGAUGAGUUGAUAAUGAAAUAUGGGAAAGCAUUGAAGGAUACUGAAAAUAGAGUGGAAGAACUCAAGUUUCAAAAGAAGUAAAAUAGCUCAUGGGGAAAAAAAGAG